CCGGCCUUGUUCCACUUUUGCAGUUUGUAGUGAACGAUAAAGGGAGUUCGGUUUAGGAAUCGCCAAAACAGAAAAGGCAGGGCAUGGUGGAAAAUUAGAGCUUAAAAUAAUUGCUCAGCUCUCAUAAAUUCAAAGUAAUGCAUGGAUUUAUGCUCGUAAAGCGGUUGAAGGUGGGGAACUUGGUGAUGAUGCUAAUGAUGUUAAUUUUAAUGGUGAAGUGAGAUUCUAAUGGUAAAGCUAGUAGGAAAAGCGGGAUAGUUUUCGAUUCAUGGGGCAAAGACAAGUAUGAAGAUGCCAUCAAAUUUUCUUUCUAUGAACCUACCAAAAUUUGUUACGGGAAGAAACUUCAGUUGACAGCAGAGAAGCACAAAUACUGAAAGAACCCUUCAAUGCCUUCAACUCUUCCUCCUAAACCAGUUGCUCUCAACUAUGGUUGUGAUGCAAAUCAUGAAAUCCCUCUUGCUACAGUUACUAGACCCACUAAGGAAUUGCAAAGGAAAGGUAGGGAGAUUGGCCACGAAAGUUGAAUUUGACCAGCAGUAGGAGGUAUAUCAAGGAGAUUGAAUUGACACGUGUAGACUUUUACAAUUUUCACUCAUAAGUUUUCUUUGGGAAAUAGAGCACAGGAAGUGAAGCAAAAUAGAGGCUUUAGCAAGAGAUUGGGCCACCAUUUGCCCCAAUUGUUCGUAAUGAUAUACUGAUUUAUCUAAAAAAGUUGAUGUACGUUGCCUUUUCAUCAUUCUUAGGAUUGGUUUUGUGCUUUUUCUGGAAUGUCACUGCUGCUACUGCAGCAUACAUCAAAGGGGAAGGAUGGAAGCCAGGCGGUAGUGAGAUUGCUUCAGUGAAUACCUAUCCAAUCCAAGAAGCAUCAUACUGGGGAAUUGGAUCUAGUCUUGCCAUCAUGGAGAUAGUUUGCAACAUCUUACAAGAACUAAAGAUCACAGUUUUGAACAUUACACAAUUGUCAGAAGAUUAGAAAGAUGCUUAUAUCUGUUUAUGGUGAAUGGAAGGGCAAACUCUUGACAGGGAACAGAGAUCUUAUCUUGAAAAUUUUGUUGAUUGUGUUCGCUGGUGCUUACUUGCCGGAACUAAAUGAUACAUGGAAUGAUAUUUUGUAUGCAUAUUUGUUGAACGGUUGUGAAAAUCUUGGUG